AAUAGAUAAAGAAAGUAAUGGAAUUGAAAAAGUAUGAUAUAUAAUAAAUAAAGUGUGACUAGAAUAUCAAUUAUCAUAAAUAUGACUAAACUAAAUACAGCUAUAAAUUCGAAAUUAUCAAGCAUCGUAAUAGAACAAUUACAACAUAAACAUAUUUGUACUGUUAUACAAUUUAUAGAUGAAGAUUCUGAAAAAUUAGCAUCUUUUACAGGAUUGUCAUUAAAGGACAUAAUUGAAAUUAAGCGAAAUAUUUGUAAAAAGUAUGGAGGUCUACUUAAAAAUGCUUUUCAAUUAUUUGAAAUAGAAGAAAAAAAUAUAAUUUCUACAAACUUAUCAAGUUUAGAUAAUUUAUUAAAAGGUGGUUUAUAUUGUGGUCAAAUAUAUGAAAUAUGUGGUUUAUCUGCAAGUGGAAAAACACAAUUAUGUUUUUCAAUUGCAAUUAAUAUUGCACUUAAAUCCAAUAAUCUUGUAAGAUAUAUUGAUACAAAAAGAGAUUUUUGUGGUUCAAGAAUAGAACAAAUUUUAUUAAAGAAAAAUUAUAAUAAGCAGGUUAUAAAUGAAACUAUGGAACGUAUCAAAGUAUGUUGUGUAUAUAAUAUACAUCAAUUACUUAAAGUUUUACAUUGGUUAUCAAUUAAUUUAAAAGAAGAAAGUGAAGAAUGCCGUACAAGAAUUAUAAUUAUUGAUUCUUUACCAGCACUAAUUUUUAAAUUUUCUAAAGAUCAUAAAACAACAAUUAUCUUAAAUCAUCUAGCAAAUAUUUGUCAUUUUAUUGCUAAAGAAUUUAAUUUGUCAAUUAUUAGUGUUAAUUUAAUUAGUCAAUGGAAUAAUAUUAAUGAAGAAGGAACAAGUGCAAGUUCAAAUGAAAAUAUUAAUGAUAUUCUAAUUAAUCCUACUUUAGGAAAAUAUUGGGCACAUGUUCCUAAUACAAGAUUAUUAUUAGAAAAACAGGAACUUGGAAACAGAAAAAUUUCAAUUUGGAAUAGUUUUCAAUUAGAAGCAGAUCUUGCAUGCACUUUAAUUAUAAAUGAUUCUGGUGUUUCAUGUUCAUAAUAUUAAGUAGAUAAGGAUUUUUUAUUAUUUUCAUUUUUAAAAAUUGUACAACAGUAUAAAUAUAAAUAAAUAUUCAAAUAUAUUAUAUGCUAUAUGAAUUUUGUUAUUUAUAAGAUAUUCAAUUAAUGUUAUCUAUAAUAAAUUAUCUAUAA